GCGGCUUCCCAUAUAUAUAAAGGUGCCCUCGGUAUCGCCACACUUCGCAUCAUUACCGCGGUAACGUGCAAUCCACUCAAUCUCCUAGCCGCUCUGAUCUUCGUUCUAACACGAGAGACCUACGCCCGGCGUGUAUCUCGAGACCUGAUCAUGGACGUUAAACGCAUCACAGGCCUGAUCGCUUUCGUCGUGAUCGUUGGCUUCGCUAGUGGAAUCGAGAAUUACAUGGAUUACGGAGAUGAGCCGGCGGAGAAAACGGCCGCGGAAAACAUCCACGAGCUCUACAGGCUCCUGCUGCAACGCAACGCAUUGGACAACGCCGGCUUCGCCGGCAUCCCUCUGGAGCAUCUGAUGAUACGAAAAUCGCAGAGAUCGCCGUCCCUGCGCCUUCGAUUCGGUCGUUCCGGACCGCGCGCCUCUGCGGGGGUCUUGCCCAGACCGAUGGGCGCGGCGGCGGCGGCGGCGGGAUACGACGACAACAAUUAAUCGGCGGAGCUAAUUCACCCGGAGGCACCUUUUCGUUUCGUUCGUCGAUGAAAACGCCUACCCUCUCUUGUAUAAAUUACGCAUAAAUUUGUCUCACACUCAGUGCUCUGUUCUGCGCGCGCGCGCGCGCGUUCGCCGAUCUUCCCAAAGCUCUCUCGUUAUGCUCCCUUAAUGAGAAACAAAGCAGGUGCACUGACAAAAAUUUUUCUCGUAUUUAUCUCGAAACUAAAAUAUUUAGUACAUACGAUUUGGUUGGCAUUGUAUGGUUUCCACUUGUGUCAAGCACAUGUAUCAUUGAGAAAGCAAGACACCCAGCGGCAAUUAGAUUUGUUAGUUGCAAACACUCUCUCUCUCUUUUUCUCUUUCUCUUGGCUUGAAUCCUAUUUUGUUUCCUAGAUUUUUGUUUCGACCACGAAAUCCUUUUUUUAAUGUGGUAGAGAAGGGCAAUGAACAAUUCGCGCGACUCGAUCGUGUGAUCCAAGGUUUGAUCGGAAAUAGGCGGGAGAAGGGGAAAGAGAGCGAGAGAGAGAAAGCGGACACGCGCGCGCUCACGCGCGCGUGUGUGUGUGUGUGUGUGUGUACGGCAUGCGUGACCGCGCGUGUUAAUUAAUGAAAUUCAAAUCGCGAAGACGCCGGAGACGGCGAUUGAUCGCGCGCAAAUACGCGUAUUAAGUUCUUUCGCUUCGCGCACAACGCCGCGUCAUCGGCGUGUAUCCGCGACGUAAGAAUUUCCGCGUCGCGGCAGAGCCACGUUUUUCACGCAGUGGAACUCCUCCGCAUCCGCCGUGCAUUCGAAUUCUGACGCGGCCGUCACCGACAGCCCGCCACGCCGUUAAUUAGCUGGCGGCGGCGACACUGCAAAAGGACACUUGGCCUAAGUGCUUCAUUCGACGCGGGGCAGCCGACUAAUCCGCGCAUCUCGAUCGUUACGGCCGCUAUUAUUCCUCCGUUUAAUUGUGCGCGUCGGCAAACCGGGACGCGGUGCAAACGUAUUAUUCCGCAGCGAGCUACACACGCCCGAACUCCGCCGGGUGAUUUGCGAACGACAGACCGGCCGAAUGACGAAUUCGGUGCCGAUUGUCAUCGGCGCUGAGCGAAACGCAGCUUCUCCAUUAGCCACGUCCGUCGUUUCCGGAUGAGACGAAUUGGAUAUUUACGAGCGACGAUCGAUAAAACGCUACUUUAUCACCGGGGUCUUGCGUCCUCGCGCGCUUUAUUGGCGGACUUAAUUUUCUGUUUCUUCGCCGUGUCGGAGCUUCUCAGCAGUGUAUGUAUCGAGCAACUCCGUAGAACCCUCCGAUUAUAACUAUCUGAUGACUGAUUUAUCGUCUUAAGGCAGAUGAGCUGUCAUCAGCCGCUGUAUACGGGAAAAACUGGUCGGAUUAGCCAAAUUUCUCGUGAAAUUCGAAUGAGCCAGACACUCCCGGUUGAAUUCAUCAGAACUCUUGUUUGAUUAGGCAGAGUUUCUGAUUGAUCCGAACAGAAUUUAGAUAAGUUCAAGCGGAACUUCCCGGUUCGUUCAUAUUCCGCCAGAGAUCUGGCUAAUCCAGUCGAGUGUAGGAUCUUUAAACUCGAUAGCUCCGAGACGUUGUGCAACUGUCAACAGCUGGCCUGUUGCCUCACCGGUCGAUCGCUAAAAAGCGUGGUCUCUCGAUAAAUGUGCCAAAUAACAUGUGUGUGACCGUUGUAUGUGGUAAAAUAAUAAUAAUGAUAAAAGAAAAACAGCUCCCCACCUUCCUCCCCGCUCUGUUGUCUGUGAGAAUGUAACACGCAGAGGCAGACUAAGAAGUGUCGAUGCUGAAAACUUCGCCCCACGAGCGGGCGCGGAACCCUCCGGUGCGCGAUAUCGAAAAAUCGGUUAGCUACAUCUGUGCGGUACGUACGGGUCGUUCGAUCAAGCCGUGAAGAGGCUCGUGUCUCAAUUGUGUGAAUAUGUCAAUUUGCAAAAUUAAAAAUAAAUUAUUAUGUAACACUG